UAAUUAGUACAUAACUAAUUUUUCAUUUUUAUAGCAGCCAAAGAAGCCGAAAGCCAAACCAUCUGAAAUCGGAAACAAAAGAAAGGUAUGGCCCCAAUGCUAUCCAAAAGCCUCGUCCUCCGCCGCUCUAUUCUCGACCACUGCCCAUCCUUUCUUCGCCACUUUUCAUCAAAGGCCGAGCUGUUUGAAAUCGACCUAGACUCUGCUUCUUCAUCAGCAUCCGCCAUUAACAAAAUGGAGGAAAUCGUCCAUAACAUAAUUGUCCAGAAGUCUACCCCUGAUUGGCUCCCUUUCCUCCCAGGCUCCUCCUUCUGGGUCCCUCUUCCUCGCCAUGGUUCCAAGCGAGUUUCUGAUUUUAUUGAGCAAUUGACCAAUCAGCUCACUCACGACGAGUAUCUCUCUCUCACCACUGGCCGCGGCUGGCCCUGCAUAUCCUUUUUCGACGGAGACGUAGCAAGCAUGGAUGUGAAGGUGAAAUUUCCAGAGCAGGAGGAGGGGGAAGUUAAGGUAGAGGUUUUGAUUCAUUCAGGCGACAAAUCUUCUUAAAAUGUGGACGCUGAUGAUUUGGAUAAUUUCCAUCUCUCGACAUACUUCCUCUCAUCAUAUGCAGGCUUGCUUACUUUUCACAUCUAUUUCGUAAUGGGAGAGGCUACUCAAUGAAAUGCAAGUGAAAUGCUGUACAGAUGCAAUUCUGUAGUUUUUGGGAUGGAGAUUUUGAUGUUCCUGCUUCUGCUUUGUUAGCUUAAUUCUACUCUGAAGUUGCUGAUGCUUGGACUGAUUACUGAUGUUUACUGUACAUUUGCAUCAAUCACUGACUGGAUGAUUAGUCUCUUUUAGCUUUUGAAGUUAUUUAAAAUAAAAUUUCGUGGCUCAUGGAUUUGUUGUUUUUUUAGGCUUUUACAUUUUGUCUUUGAUCAUCUUCAUAACAAUUUAAUAUCUGUCUGUCAUAGACUGAAAUGCCCUGGCAUUGUCAAGGAUUAACCCAAGCUUUUGUCCACCUUUAGAUAUCUCUCCUCAGUCCUGACCCAUAUUCAGCAUGUAAUCGUAAUCCAUUAGGAUGAGAAUUAAGAAUGGAAGAUAAGUACUCAGUAGCUCAUGAAUUUUUCUUCAUAGAUUUGCAUCUACAGUGCACUGAUAAAAUGUUACAGGGGGUUUCUCGGAUUGAAUGGUUCAUCAUCGCAGUUCAAUCGUUUAAACCAAUUGGAAAUUGAUUGAGAAAUGCUUUAGAUCUUAAAGCAUAACAUCACUGUUUAUUGAUCAUGGUUCAAAUUGACAGCUUUACGUUAAAAAAAAAAAAUGAAUGGCUGCAGUUAGUAUUAACUCUACUAAA